AUGCUAGCUGCGCUAGCAGCUAUGGUUGUCAAUCUUGCUACUGCUGCAUCUUCCUUCUCCCCAGCAAAACCACCAGCAGUUCCCCUGGCUGUGAGAUCACCCUAUCUAAACGCAUGGCUCCAGGGGGGCUCCGGGGCGAUCCUCCCCGGCGCUUGGCCCCGCCAUUGGACCGGAAAUAUUCUGGGCUGGCAAGGCCUUGUGGCUGUGGACGGGGUGACAUACAACUGGAUGGGCGGCGCACCCGGUCCAGCACACGUCAACCAGGUGUCGCUCGAGUACACCUCGACCAAAAGCAUCUUCACGUUUGACGUGGACGGGAAGGUUACCUUGACCGUCACCUUCUUGUCGCCGGUUUACCCCGAUGAUAUGGCGCGGCAAUCACAGCAGUUUUCCUACAUUUCCAUCAGGGCAAAGUCCUCCGAUGGAGCAUCCCACAAAGUUCAAGUUUACAUGGAUGUCUCUGGAGAAUGGGCUAGCGGAGAUACUUCUCAAGUUGUCGAGUGGGAUACCGCCACCGUUGGCGAUAUUACUUACCACAAGUUCUUCCGCCAAACCCAAGAGGAGUUUAGGGAAUCGAAUGAGAUUUCCAGCUGGGGGAACUGGUACCUAGCCACGCGCGUCGAUGAUGGUGUAAGUUAUUUCUUCUAUAGAUACUUCACAUGGGGAACACGGCGGGUUGACCAGUCCAGGCCGGUAUUUGCACUAUCCCACGACUUGGGUAACGUCCAAGGAGACGAUGUGGAGAGAGUCUUCACCCUUGGUCUGGUCCAGGACCAGGUCAUCAAUUUUGCCGGGCAGAGCGGCCAGUUGGAGGCCGUGCCGGGGCUCUGGUCAUCGUACUACCAGGACGACAUCUCGGCGCUUGUCGCUUUCUACGACGACUAUCAACACGCCAACGAAGUAUCCUCUGCUUUGGACCAACGGAUACGGAGCGACUCCGAGGGUGCUGCAGGAAAGGAUUACGCUCUUAUCACCACACUUGCGGUCCGCCAGACCUUUGGCGCGCUACAAUACGCCGGCACCUCCUCGAAGCCAUACAUCUUCCUCAAGGAGAUCAGUUCGAACAGCGACAUCCAGACCGUCGACGUCAUCUUCCCUGCUUACCCGAUUUUCAUGUAUCUGAACGCAACACUUGGUAGAUACUUGCUCGAUCCUCUAUUUGAGAACCAGGAGAGCGGGGCAUACCCGAACGACUAUGCUGAGCAUGACCUCGGAACCUUCCCGGUAGCUAGGGGCUAUCCGGCCGGAAACGAUGAAGCAAUGCCGCUGGAGGAGUGUGGCAACAUGAUUAUCAUGACUUUGGCAUACGCUCAGCGCACCGGCGAUACGGCCUACCUCUCAGCCCACUACCCCAUCCUGUCUCAGUGGGCGAAAUUUCUGGUGGAAGAGUCUCUGAUUCCCGCAAACCAACUCAGCACUGAUGACUUUGCGGGAACUCUGGCCAACCAAACGAAUUUGGCCAUCAAGGGCAUCAUCGGGCUCAAGGCAAUGUCUCAGAUUGCUCAGCUGACCAACAACGAUGACGCCUUUGGAGAGGUGGCUGACAGGUAUUUGGAGGGCUGGAAAGGGUUCGGCAUCAAUUCCCAAGCCAACCCCCCUCACACGACGUUGAGUUACGGAAACGCUAACAGUCACGGCCUCCUCUACAACAUCUACGCCGACAAACUGCUCAAACUCGACUUCAUCGACCAGUCCAUCUUCGACAUGCAAAGCAACUUUUAUCCCACGGUCGCCAACGAGUAUGGCGUGCCCCUCGACACGCGGCACACCUGGACUAAGUCAGACUGGGAGAUGUUUGCGGCCGCCGUGGCCAGCCAAUCGACGCGGGACAUGUUCAUUUCCAAGCUGGCCCACUGGGUCGGGACAACGACGUCGGAUCGGGCCAUGACCGACUUGUACGAUUCCGAGACGGGAGGUUUCCCGGCGAACGGGCCAUAUUUUGUCGCGAGGCCGGUGCAGGGGGGGCUGUUUGCGCUGCUCGCGUUGUCGCGUGACUAG